AUGGAGGUUAUGGACCACAAGAAACUACAGAAUCUUCCAAGAGAAAUCUUUACACCUCAGGAAGUGGUUACGAAGGCGAUUGUGGAUGCUAAGAAAUGGGCAGUAGCGCAGGAAAAGAAGACGGACCCUGAACCUUCCAAGAAACGGGCGGGAGAAACAAUAAGAAUUGGAAUCACCUGCAAAACUGACGCUGCCUGGAAUCAGGAAAGAAUGGCUGCGGGAGCAGCUUGGAACUUCUCACAACUGAAUUCUGGUCUCAAUAGGUCGGAUUCAGAAAUUUUCACCUAUGUGAAAUCACCCCUCGUGGCGGAGGGGCUUGCCUUGCGCGCAGCAAUGGAGCAGGCACUGGUAUUAGAUUACAAUCAAAUCUCUUUUGAAUCAGACUCGAAGAUGUUGGUGACAGCAAUACUAGAGGACUCAUCCUACGCAGAUUUGCAUGGAAUCUUAUCGGACAUCAAAACGUUGAAAGAGGCGUUCACCUCUGUUUCUUUUCGCUGGGUUAACAGAGACUCUGUUUCCUCUGUUGACUUACUAGCCAAGCAAACUUUAAAUGCUUUUGUAUUGAACCUUUAA